AUGAUGGGGAUGAAACAUGCCAGAUUUGCACCAACUACUGUGCUUUGCCUAUUUGCCAUUACCUGCGCUUCUGGGCUGGAUGGCAGCAGCCAACUGUCAUGUGGGUCAUUCAUGGGUGACAAUGUACCAUUCCAAGACGCCAUCCUUGUGACACAAGAUGCAUUGAGACGGACGGGUAACGAUGUCCAAUUUUUUGUGGACUGUGCCAUGCCCAACAGCACCAUAUUCUUCACAACCCCUGUUGUGCACAUCACGUCAACCAUCGUGGUCAACAAGCCUCUGUCAAUUAGAGGUGCCAAUGAAACCGAGGUGGAAUUUGGCUGUGCAUCUGGAAGUACAAUCGUCGAUAUUCGAUCACAAGGAGUGGUGCUCACCGACAUCUCAUUCAGUGGUUGUUCACAAGCUGGACCCUUGGUGGUGGUAGCAAAUUGUUCUUCUCAAGAAACGGCUGUGACCAUGAUGAACAUGAGAUUCAGAGGCAACUCAAAUGUCAAUGGGACAGUAGGCAUCCGGGUGCUUGCUGGGUGCUAUUUGCAUUUAGAAGGCUCCAUAUUUCAGAACAACAGGGGCAACUUUGGGACUGUGUUGGAUAUUGGUGCUGGUGGGAGCACUUCAAUUGCCAGUUCAAGGUUUGAAGUCAACACAGCUUCGACUUCUGGUGGUGUGAUCAGUAUGUACAAUGGAAAGCUGAGCAUCACAAAUAGCAGCUUUGCAGGCAACAGAGCUGGCAUCAAUGACAACACAGCUGGGAGUAAGGGUGGAGCCGUUUUCGCACAGGGGAGCUCCACAGUAGGAGCCCAGAAUUGUAGUUUUAUCAACAACAGUGCUUCAGGAUCCGGGGGAGCCGUUUGCGGAGAGCUUGGCACAAGCAUAAAAGCCAAAAGCGGAUGCAGGUUUCUAGGCAAUGUUGCCACUAGCGGGGGCGCCAUGUACAUUCAGGAAAACUCGAGAAGCUCGUUGCAAUCGACUUUCGAAAAGGGUUACCAAGCUCUUAUUGAUGAGUCGAUAUUUGAAGACAACACCGCCACUUCCUCUGGUGGUGCCAUCACCAUUCGUGGUGCGAGAAUCAAAGUGGAGAAUACCAACUUCACUCGAAACAAGAUUUCCACUGACAACAAAACGGCUACUACUUUCGGGGGAGCUAUUUACGCAGAGGAAAAUUCCGCUGCGGAACUUCAGAACUGCAAUUUUGAAAGAAACGGUGAUUCCACGUUUGGAGGAGCCUUUUCUGGACAGUCCGGCACAAGCUUCAAUGCCUCGCAUGGAUGCCAAUUUCUGGCCAAUUCCGCAGUGCUUGGGGGCGCCGUGUACGUAUUGGAAAUCUCAAACUCCUCAUCCGCGAUUAAGCGUGGAAGGGUUUCCCCACUCUUGAUUGACAAUUCGACCUUUGAAGACAACAUGGCUUUGAAGGGUGGAGGUGCAAUCGGCGUUUAUAAUGCAACUAUGAAAUUGAAGAACAGCAACUUCACGCACAACACGGCUACCGCAGACAACAGUGGUACUAUCCCUGCUGGUGGUGCCGUCAUUGUAGAGAAAAAUUCAACUAGUGAAGUCCAAAACUGCACUUUUGUGGACAACAGCGCUUCUCUUGGCGGAGCCAUUUUCGGACAGUUUGGUGCAAGUUUCAAUGCUUCGCAAGGAUGCCAGUUUCUUCGCAAUUCCGCUGCAUAUGGGGGAGCCAUAUUUUUUGUGGAGCAGUCAAACACCUUCUCCACUCUGACGGAUGGAAUCGUUUUCCAAGUUUCGAUUGACGACUCCACCUUUGAAAGCAACACAGCUACGUCAGCCGGUGCCAUUUUCGCAUGGAAUGCAAGUGUGCGAUUGAGCAACAGCGAUUUCACUAGCAACGAAGCUGCCACAGAUGCCGUUGGAGUUCUCACUGUUGGUGGGGCCAUUGCUGCAAAGCUCCAAGCCAGUGUGCACAUGGAGGGUUGCAUAUUCAGCCUCAAUGCUGCUGUCGUGGGAGGCGGCGCCUUGAGUGCUAUGACUCCAUACGAGUUUGGUUCACAAGCGUACGUGUUCAUCAAACGAACACAAUUCGCAAACAAUUCUGCGGGGCUACUCCAGCAGCAGCCAAGGAACACGCGGCCCAGUCCAGAUGAGUCGAGUUGGGGCGGGGCAAUGUUCGCUGGUUCGGAGGCGGCAUUUCAACAGGCGAGGUUUGCCAACAAAAGAGCACGAACAGGACCUGCUGCUAACAAAUUUAGCAACAACAUGGCCACUGAAAUUCUCGCCAUUCCUAUCAUAGAACCACGUCUUGGGCGACCCAGAGGAGAGCUUUCAUGCACAUUGAUUGGCGUCAAUUUCGUUGCCAACGAGGGUGGAAAAGGGGGUGCGAUUGCGGGCUUACUUGUAGGUCUUCUGUCCAUGCAGUCGGUGAAUUUCACCCAAAAUCGGGGAAGCGAUGGUGGCGCAAUGUACAUCGAAUCUGAUGGAGAUCCAGAUCCACAACAAUUCGCUGUACCUGAAAACUACGUCAAUGGAAGCAACCUUGAAUUUGUACGGAACACAGCAACCAAGAACGGUGGGGCUCUGUUUCUUCUAGUGAACUCGGGAACUGCACCUCUUGAAAGGACGGGGAUAUCUCCUGUCAACAUAUCCAACGUUCUGGACAACGGGAUCAACAACAACGAGGACGACAUAUUUCUAGAGCGUGCCCACUUUUCCAACAACAGUGGACUGAUAUCUGGAGGUGCUCUAGCUGUCCAGCGUGGAAGACUGGGUUGCAGGAAAUGCGUUUUUGACAGCAAUUUCGUCACCUCAGUUUCAAAUGGAGCAGGAGGCGCUGUGGCUCUGGCGGAACAAGCAGCUCUGCAUGCAAGGGAGGUAACAUUCAAAGCUAACAGAGCAAGCAAAGGCGGGGCUUUGUAUGCCAGUAAUUCUCUCGCAGACAUCGUACAUGGAGAAUUCGAUAACAACACUGCGAGGGAAUACGGAGGCGCAAUUUACGUUCAGAUACCUCAGACUGCGAGGUUCAAAUUCGGGCUUCAUUCACGAGUAAAUCUUUCCACAUUUCAUGGGAACACGGCCGAAGUUGGAGGUGGAUUGUAUCUUCUGGUGGACAUGAGUUCUCCUGAGGCUGGGCUCCCAGGAUACAUGUUGGUGACACGAUGCAACUUUACGGAGAACGUUGCUGUCCUGGCUGGUGGAGCAUUCUUUACCAAUGUUCCUGAGGACCUAGUGGUACUGUGCCACUCUGAUGUCGAGAUUGAGGAAAAAUAUGCUCCUGGUGCACGUAAUCGCCCUGGCGUGGUGGAUGUGAGAAGGCCGCUGACAGAUGGUAUCUUGGACAUUGCCCACAGCUGCAGUAGUGGAAAUAUGGCAAGGUCCGAUGGUGGAGGGAAUUUGUUGGCUACAACUGCUGUGAAGGUAAGGAUCUGCAGAAUUUCGUCAGGAGCAUGCGCCAAUGGAAGCCAUGCACUUCAAAUAGACAACCACACAAGUGGCGGGGAAUUGGAGGCGAUUUCCAUGGAUCUGAUAGAUGCAUUGGACCAUCCUGCAUUUGGACAGCCCCCCAUGCUUGCAAGAAUAUCCACCACUGAAGGAGAAGCAGUUUUGAGAGGAGAACUCAUUCGACCAGUCGAGGCAAGCACAAAGAUCACGAGCAUACGCUUGCAAGCAGCAAUCAACAAGGCGCACAUGCUGAACUUGACUUUUAUUCCAUCAAUUUUGCCAAGCAUCCGAAUCGAGGUACACAUCAGAGGAUGCCUUCCAGGGGAGGCUCCAAGUGAUGAUGGAGAGAGAUGCACGACGUGCCCAGAUGAUCAGUACAGCUUUGAUUCAUCUGCUGAGUGCGCUGCAUGCCCUUUGAUGGCAAAGUGCAGACCCUCCACUGUAACACCUCAUGAUUUCUAUUGGCAUUCCACAUCCAAGUCCUCACAGAUUCACGAGUGUGCUCUGAAGGAUGCCUGCAGUUAUGAGGGCCGAAUGCGCAGGCUGACAGAGCAAUCCUGGAAAGCACAUUUUGAAGGGGCAGCCUUGAAGUACGACGACGCAGGCUACAAACAAUGCACCGUGGGAUAUGCUGGAAUACUGUGCGGCGCCUGCACAGAUGCUCAUGGCAAAGUGAGAUCGGGGGAAUGUAUUCGAUGCGGUGGAAGGACCAAGAACAUUGUUCUGGCAAGCCUUGCCGCCUUUUGGUCAGCAUUGCUCGCAGUCAUCAUGACCCGAAAUGCAGCUACAUCCACAGCAAAAGAAAUCGAUGAAGAAACCCCAGAGGGCGGCUCCCACAACACUGGAAAUGCUGUGGACCAUCCCGAAGCAGCCAGCUCCUGCCAAUCGUUACGCUUACCCAUCGAGGGAGCAGCUUUGCACUCUACGCCUUCGCUUGGUAUUCCAAGGAAUGAACCCACUGUCACAUGCAAAACCAGGAAUUACGCCUCUGACAUAUUUAAGAUCCUCAUAAAUUUCUUGCAAGUGACUGGGCUUGCUGUAUUCGUCAAUACUGCAUGGAGCACGGCUGUUUUGAGGACGCUAGGCACAGCAGAUCAGCUGGCUGCCGGAAGCAACGGCUUGUUUUCAUUGGAGUGCGCCUUUCGAGCCAACAGCAACGUCCGACGAUCAGUGCAACGCAUGGUGGCUGCCCUUAUCUUCCCCUUUGUCCUGAUUACUGCCUUCUUUAUUUUCUCUCCUGUUGUUUUCUGGCUGUCGAAAAGAAGCUGGAAGGAAGUAUUCCUAAUUUGGAAAGUGUCUGUGGUAUCAACCCUGUACAUUUCGUACAUUGACAUCACACGCAAUGCGUUCAGAACAUUGGGUUGCACCGGUGUCGAUGUGGGUGGCGUGGACUCCGAGGACUACGCAAUUGCCCUGUCCGAGUACUGGGCGGAAGACACCGAGGUGAAGUGCCACGUGGGCGGUCACUCGGGAUUAGUUAUGGGUCUCGCAGUGCCUUUGUUAUUGUUGGUCACUGUGGGGAUGCCCCUGUGGCUGGUGGCCACAUUUGUUCGGAACAGAAACCAUCUCGACAGGGAGGCGCGUCUUGAAACGCACGCCUUUCUGUACCAGUCUUAUUGCAAAGGGCGUCGGCUUUGGGAGGUGGUUAUCAUGCUUCGAAAAGCGGUGCUGGCGGCGAUUGCGGUGUUCAAGCAGUCGCUCGGAGCAGACCUCCAAUCCACGCUGGCACUCGCAGUACUGGUGGCCGCCGUUGUGGUUCAUUUGUUGGCGCAGCCGUUCGUCACAGAUGGCCCCAAUUUGAACAGGAUGGAGCUCUUGUCUCUCGUGGGCUCUUGCGUGGCGUUCUUUUCGGGGCUCAUCUUCAAUAACCCAAAGACUUCUUCAUUGGGCUCGAUCGCCGUCUCCGUGACGUGCGUUUCUUGCAUUGUGGGUGUCUUUGUGUACCUCGUGGUAAAUCUGGCGGCAGAGCUGGCACAGGGUAUCGAUCCCUUUCUGAGGCAGAAAGGAAUUCAGGCUGGUAGUCUCAAUACUGUUGUGACAAAGCUGUUAGCUGUUGUGGUGUUUGUGUUUUCUCGGGGACAGAAGAAACUGCCGAGCACGAAGUCGACCAGCAAAGACCAGGCAUUCGAGAUGUUGUGCUCUCCACCAACAUCGCCUUCUGAGACUCAGGAGCCGACGAUAGAGCUAUCUUGA